CUGCACAACUAGGGUUUCCCUCUCCACCCCCUCCUCCGGAGACUCGGGAGAGCGCGGCACUAUCCCGGCGGCGGCGAAGGUCGCGGCGACCCCACGCAGCAAAGGCGCCAUGGCUGCACCGGAGGCGCCCUCCUGCUACGUCGGGAUCGCGCGGCAGUCCGCCGCCUUCCGCCUCAUGAAGCAAAUGGGAUGGGAAGAAGGUGAAGGCCUUGGCAAAGACAAGCAAGGCAUAAAGGGCCAUGUUAGGGUGAAAAACAAGCAGGACACACUAGGUGUUGGUGUAGACAGUCCUCAUAACAAAUGGGUAUAUGACACCACCCAAUUUGACAACAUACUGAAGAAACUGAAAGUGCAGCAAGCAGCUGAUCCUAUUCAAAAAGAUGUUGAGGCUGUUGCUGAUUCGCCUGAUAGCACACCUAAGAAAGAAAAGCCAGCAAUUGAUGAAGUUACUAAAGUUACUCGGCCUCAAGGAAGAUACAAGAAAAGAGAGAGGGGGAAAAGUGUGAGCUCUUAUUCAGCAAUAGAUCUUCAAGGCAUACUUGUACGCAAAAAUGAAGAUAAUUGCCAAGUGAAUCUGGAAGUUGAACCAACAUGCUUGGAUGAACCUGAUUCCAUUAUCUGCCAGGAUGCAGUAUCCCAAGCUGAUGAUAUGAACUGGUGGGGGCACAAAUACGGAUUUUUAUCAGGAGGCUUUCUAGGAGCAACAUCUCGUAAAAAUAAAUCUUCACGAAAAGAUCCUGGUAAUGUCCGCCAGACAUUUGGGGAGGAAGAUCAAGAAAACCUAUACAAUCUUGUUCAGGAUAAAGCUACUUCUGGAAAGCAGGGUCUUGGCAUCAAGAGCCUGCCAAUGAAAGUUGCUGGCCAACGUUGGAAGGGGAACAAAACUUCUUUUGGUGAUAGUGAUGAAGAAAAUUCAGCCCUGUCCGAUGAAUUGUCAGAACUGGAGGAGAACGUUGACAAGGAAGAACCUGUCAAUGAUGCUCAAUCUGCAGACAGGGAGCAGAAUACAGGAAAAGAAUUAUCUGUGGGUGCGAGACCCAAAACCAAGGUCAAGAAACUGUGCAAGAGAAUACUCCGUCAGGCUCCGUCUCAGUCGAUGAAAUUGAAGGAUCUUAAGGUAGCUGUUGAAGAACAUUCAAAUUCUGUAUUCUCCAGCUUCUCUUGCAGACGCGAAGCUCUCUCCUUCUUGAAGACGAAGCUUCAAGGAAGCAGGAAAUUUAAUGUGGAGGGCAAGAGAGUACAACUUGUGUCGUGAAAGCAAAUACGAAGAGCGGUAGAUGAUUUCGAAAAAAAAAGAGCCUACUACGGGUAGCGGUGCAUAGUGCACUGUUGAGGUCACCAGGGGUCAUAUUUGUUGCUUCAGAUUUGUAACAGAUGUAGGAUCCCAUCGAGCUCCGCAGUGUAGAUAAGAAAUCACACCUUUGCAGAUGCGGAGGUUGAAUUUUGCAAAAUUUUGUGAGGGACCGAGCUGCUAAUCUAUGUUUUUGCAGUACAUUUGAUGUAUCUCUCUGGCUGUUCCGGUUGUGCCUGAAGCGUUAAAACUAUAAAUUGGACGU